UCAGAAUAAAAUUCUAAAAAAUAUUGAAAUUUUUAGUCGUGGCAAAAUCAAUUCGUGUUGCAGAAUACCGACAGUUUAGCUUAUUUUAUUGAAGGUCAGAGAUAAGCAAGAUGGGGAUCACCGACUGCACUUGUUCAAGGGUCUUCUUGAUGUGCCUCAAUAUUGCGUACAUUAUUGUGGCAUUGCUGAUACUUAUCAUUGCUGGUACUCAAUACAAAGCAGCUGGGGAACUAGGAGCUAUAGGAGUGAUUGUAGGCAUCAUAGUAUGUGGUGUCUUUCUACUUGGUAUCUCUAGUGUGGGCCUCAUUGGUGCUAUCACUGAGAACACUAAGAUACUCUUCUGCAAUAUGUUUUUACUUGGAUUUGUUUUCAUCAUAAUGUUCAUUGUGUCAUGUGCAUGCCUAGCAGUUGGUGACAAUGGAAUAAAAAUGAUCGCAGAAACAGGCUGGCAACACGCAUCUAAUCAAGCAAAGUCCAAUGUGCAAUUUAAUUUUGAAUGUUGUGGAUUUGAAAAUGCCUCUUUGGGUGUCAAUGAUCCAUCAGGUAUGGGACACCCAGGAUGUGAUGCGAUUUCUUGCUGUACGGUUAAACAGGUACUAUCUAAAGCCAGUUGUUGUACUGGGUCACCCUUCACAGCAGACCCACCUUGUCCAUGUAAAACUACUUGCUAUGAAAGACUACGAAAAACUAUGCAUUACGCAACCCUAGCUGCUGGUGGAACCGGUUUAUUCUUUAGCUUUACACUGGUGAGUAUGCAAAAUAAUCGAUCAUAUAUAAUAUCUGAAUUUAGCUUGAGUGCUGUAAGAAUUUGAAAGCAAAUGAAACAUAUGUAUGCUGUACCGGAACCACACUACCGAAAUCAUUACCCGGAUGUCCUUGUUCCACUCAGUGCUGGGAUAGAAUGCAGCCAAUUAUGUUCCAUGCCAAAAAAGUAUCUGGAGGUUUUGGACUCUUCUUUAGUUUUACACUGCUAAUUGGAAUCUUGGUACUUGGCUGUAAGUUCAAGAGGAUGAAGGAAGAGGGAACAUUAGAAAGUGCAUAUCUAAAUCCUAAAUCUGAAACACCUGGAGACAAUACAAAUUCUCAGCCAAGCUUUAAGGAUGACGUGGGGACAGGUUCCGGUUAUGACCAGUUUGAAUAGAUCUGAAUGGCCAUGACCACAUCAAAGUAAUCAUCAUCAUGACUACAAGGAGCCAUAAUCAUAUAUAGUCAUAUUUGCGGAGUAUUACAUGUACAUUUUGAAGAAAAAUGAAUGAGAGAUAUCAAAAAGAUGUGUCAUCACCAUGGUAUUAUUUUGUUGCAUCUGCAAUUCUGUGAUAUUGAAAUGGAUGAUAUGGAAGUAUAAACCAUGAUUUUAUUUUACAUUUUUUAAAAAUGUUAAUUUUUUGUCAGAAGCUUUAUUAGAAUAGGUGCGAGUAGGAAUAAUCGUCAUUAAAUAAAAUCACAAAAAGUGAAAUAUCUUUUCUGUAUUGGAUAGAUAAUAUUUUCUUUCACUGGACAUAUUUUGAUUUGCAUAACUAUUAGAUACAUAAGGUUGAUAUGAAAAUUGAACCACUGAAACUGAUGAAUAUUUGAGUUAAAG